UGAAUUACAAUACGCGACACUUGACCGUCGGAAUUGGUCGCUUUUUCAAUUGGAAGACUAUUAUUUAGGUGAUCAAUACUUAGAGACUGUUUUGUCAAAUAUUUAAAUUUGGAAUGUUUUUGAAAACAUCAUUCGAAAUUUAAAGGGUUAUUCAACCGCUUCACUUGUCGUCGGAAUAGCUAAUAUUUUUUUUUUAUUGACAUAACCUUUCGCUAAACAGUGCAGUUGUUCUAAGUCAACGUAUAGGGUUUUCAGUGUUUAAAUUUGGAAUUGUUGAAAAAUGGGAUUUUUGGAAAGAGAUAUGACCGAUGCUCCGACGAUAACUGAAUAUUUUCGAGGGAAAACCAUAUUCAUAACGGGAGGAUCUGGUUUUAUGGGAAAAGCUCUUAUCGAGAAGCUUCUGUAUUCAUGUUCUGAUCUAGACAGAAUAUAUAUAUUACUGAGAAGCAAGAGAGGUGUCAAAUCUGAAGAUAGGCUCUCCAAAGUGUAUGAGUCAUUUUGUUUCGACCGCCUGAGAGCGGAGAAGCCAAAUAUCUUCAUGGAGAAGGUGUUCAUUGUCUCCGGCGAUGUAAUGGAGCCUGGCUUAGGUUUAUCACAAGAGGACAGAGCUCUUCUAGUCAACCGAGUCAACAUCAUAUUCCACGUCGCAGCCAGUGUCAGAUUUGAUGACUCGUUGGCGUUUGCUGCUGGCAUGAAUCUCGGUGGCACGAAGAAGUUGAUAGAUUUUGCGAAGGAGGUCAGAGAUCUGUCUGCUCUAAUCCACGUGUCAACGUCAUAUUCUAAUUGCAACAGAAACGUGAUAGAAGAGAAGAUCUACCCUCCUUACGCGGACUGGCGCGACACUUUGCAAAUAUGUGACGAGCUCGACGACCAUACGUUACAAACGUUGACUCCUAAGUACAUAGACAGUAUUCCCAACACUUAUGCGUUCACAAAGCAACUGGCGGAACAUGUGGUAUACGAACAAAAAGGUCUUCUGCCCGCCGUCAUCGCCCGACCGUCUAUAGUAAUUUCAAGUCUCAAAGAGCCAAUGCCUGGUUGGCUGGACAACUUCAAUGGACCAGUCGGCUUGAUGAUUGCCAGCGGUAAAGGUUUACUACGUAGUCUGCACACUGAUCCUGACCUGAUCGCCGACUAUAUACCUGUAGAUAUUGCUAUCAAGACCAUAAUUUGCAUGGCCUGGAUGCGAGGAACGAAAAAGUUGGAGAUCACAGAUGAUAUACCAAUAUACAACUGUUGCGCGGGCACACUGAAUAACAUCACAAUGGCCGAAAUGGUUGAGUUUGGCAGAAAACUAGUCCACGUAAUGCCCAUAAAUGAUGCGCUGUGGAGCGUAGGUGGUUCUAUCACCACAUCUCCAACAAAACAUUACCUUAAGGUGUUAUUCCUUCACUGCUUGCCUGCAAUACUUGUUGACACUGUGUUGUGGCUUCUUGGUAAAAAACCGAUGCUGUUAAAAGUACAACGAAGGAUUUAUAUAGCCAACAUGGCUCUCAGAUACUUUAUAACUAAGCAAUGGACAUUCAUAAACAACAAUAUAGUUGAGCUCCGUUCUUGUAUCAAGAAGGAAGAUCACGGGCACUUCUACUACGACAUGGAGACGGUGGACAAACACAUGUACUUCAGGGAUUGCUGCAUUGGCGGCAAGAAAUAUUUGUUGAGGGAAAAAGAGGAGGACUUGCCUAAAGCUAAGGCCCAUUAUCAAAGAAUGGUAAUCUUAGAUAAAGCGGUACAAAUGUUUUUCUAUGGCUACAUUUUUUGGUGGACAAUGAACACUGAUGUCGUACGGGGUUGGUUCAACACGGCCCAGGACAUCCUCGCCUAUCAUAAUGACUUCGAAUACUAUUGAUUUGUAUUGUACAAUAACUUGCCCUUGGACUACAUAUUGUAUAAUGAACCUUACUACAUCUGUUUGUAUAAUACUGCAGUAAUAAUGGUGGUGAAUAAUAAAUUGUGAUGUUUUGUGACGUUUUUAAUAAAAAAAGUUUUCAUUAAUUUA